CGCUGUCACACAUUUUUUCAAGUGCGGUUACGUCUCGUCGCCAGCAGCAGCAACAACAAGUUUUUAAAACACACACAGAAAGAGCCCAAGCCCCAAAUCGAUCGCAAAAUGAAGAAGUUUUUCGUUGUGUUUGUUGCAUUAUUCGGAGCCGCCGCGGCCCAAAGUAGCUUUAAAUGUCCCGAUGACUUCGGAUUCUACCCACACGAUGCUUCGUGCGACAAAUACUGGAAGUGCGACAACGGUGUCUCCGAGCUGAAGACCUGCGGCAACGGCCUUGCCUUCGAUGCCACAGACUCGAAAUACCUCACCGAGAACUGCGACUAUCUGCACAAUGUUGAGUGCGGCGAGCGCACAGAGCUGGAGCCCCCAAUCACCACGCCACACUGUUCUCGGCUGUACGGCAUCUUCCCCGAUGAGAACAAGUGCGAUGUGUUCUGGAACUGCUGGAAUGGCGAACCCUCUAGAUACCAGUGCUCGCCCGGUCUGGCCUACGAUCGCGACGCCCGCGUCUGCAUGUGGGCUGACCAGGUGCCUGAGUGCAAGAACGAAGAGGUUGCCAAUGGCUUUGCAUGCCCUGCUGCCGGUGAGAUUGCGAAUGCUGGCUCUUUCUCGCGCCACGCCCAUCCCGAGGACUGCCGCAAAUAUUACAUCUGCCUGGAGGGAGUUGCUCGCGAAUACGGCUGCCCCAUCGGUACUGUGUUCAAGAUCGGCGACAGUGACGGCACUGGCAACUGCGAGGAUCCCGAGGAUGUUCCCGGCUGCGAGGAUUACUAUGGCGAUGUAGACCUGAAGGCCCUGAAAAAGUUGGGCUUUUAAAAAUACUCGUAUAGAGAAACACCAACACCAACACAUACUCGUACAGAAUGUAAGUCAUAAAGAGGUUGAGGCCUGAAAGUCAAUGCAAGGCAGGCAACAGGAGAGGCGACAAAAGGAGCAGCAGCCCGUAGCAAAGGAUGGAUCAGGAGGAAACCACAAUAACAGUGGGCUUAAAAUGCUUGCCACACACACUCACACACAUAGACAGACUUGCCACAAGCGUAAAGUAUGCAUACAGAAUAUACAAGAAUCGUACAGUUGACUUUAAAGACUGAGCACAAAAAAACACACCAGAAACCUACCCAGAAGCAGAAACCCAAUGAAGAAAUAGUCGAUGCCUCCGCCACAUUUAAGUGGAGGAAAAAGCUACAAAGAAAUAACGCUUGACCCCGUAGUCAAUUACAUUUUCUCUGGUUCUAAAUCUGAAUCUGCCCGUUGCCCAUAGAGCGGAAGCCUUACGGCCGACUUAGGUUCGCCAAAAGCCUUUGAUGAGCCAGCAGCGAGUUCCGCGAAUUCCACAUUUACCACAGCGGCCGCCACAAAAGUCAAAUUUAACUUAUUUAAAUAAAUACUCAGAAACCGCAUACAUACCUACCCCUCACGCUAUAAUAACUUCCAAUGUAUUGUACAUAUAUAGAGAUUCAGUUUAGGUUUAAGUUUGCAUAUAAAUGAACAA